AUGGACUCCACUUGUUCAAGAAAAGUCCGGAAGUACAGAACUGCACGGCGGUCGAGAUUUGGAUGCCGAAAUUGCAAGCUCAGAAAACUAAAGUGCGACGAAGAGAAACCCCAAUGCAAGAGAUGUAUUUCGUUCGGUGUAUUAUGUAACUUCAUGUCCGAUAUUCCUGAUCUACAACCCAUCGCCACGAAUAUAGGGAAGAAAAUGCUGGCUCAAGGAGAAACAGCACCUCAAAUCCCCGUCUCCAGCGCUAUCUGGACAUCUGAUGGAGUUAUAUCCUAUCAAUUGAAUGCGAAGUGUCAAGAUUUAAUCACUCGCUGUUUUGAACGAAGUCUCAUUACCGCUGAUGAUCCUAAUACGAUAUACGUUAAUAGUAAGCUCCUGAGGCUGGCCUUCACUUACCCUUACUUGAUGCACGCCUGUCUCGCUGUGGCAUUUACAUAUGACCGCCACCUGAAUAGAUCAGGCGUUCGUCGCAGUCUAGAUGAGUGCUACCAAUGGUCUCAAAGCACAAUUCUCUUCAACAAGCGAUUAAGAGACCCAAUUGAACCGGAAGAUAAGGACCCAAUCUGGGCCACUGCCACUGCCAUGACCAUCUUAAUAUUCUCAUCUCCUGAUCCAUGCACGCCGGGGGAGUCCUGGCCCUUGAAGAACUCUGAUCAAUCCGAUUUGAACUGGUUACAUAUGAGCAAGGGUAAAAUGUUACUGUGGCAAACAGUGAAUCCACUCCGCCCAGACAGUCUUUUUAGCGUCAUGACCACAGCCUUUGCUCAAAUAAAUACACCUUUUCCGGAGAGAGGCAUGGAUGGUAUACCAACAGCUCUGGCUGCCAUUUGUUACCUCGAAGACUCAUCUACGGCCGGAAACAAUCCAUAUUUCUAUGCCGCCCACGCAGUAUCCCAGAUCCUAGAUCUCUCACAUGGCGAGGUCACAACAGCUCAAACCCAAGUAUUCAUGCUCAACAUACAUGGGCCCUUCGAAAACCUACUCUGGCACAAGGACCCUGCUGCUCUGCUGCUGCUGUAUUUAUGGUACCGCAAAGCAAGUCCUAGUACAUGGUGGAUCGAAUUGAGAGCUAAAGUGGAAUGCCCUUCAAUCUGCUUGUACCUAAGACUAUACCACAAAAGCAAUUCUGCAGUGCAGGCAUUUCUUCCAGGAGGGCGGCUCGCUGAUGAAUAG